UGGGUCCGAGUAAACAUACGGAAGAAUUAGGCAGUAACACCAACAAAGGAAGUGUAGCGCAACACUAAGAUAAAAGCGAGACGUUUGCUUAAUAGACACGACUUUUACAAAAGAUUAUGGCGGAACCUGAAAUGGUGAUUGAUUGGGGAGCUUGUGUCGCGCGGGAAGUGGAGGAUUUGGCAAAGAUGAGACCUCUUUUGACGAACGUCCACGUUGGUCUUCCUCCCCCUGUGGCGGACCCCGCCAGGAUGUCUCUCGUUAGAGGAGACUAUCAGUACUUCCACUACGGCUGCGAUGGACAAGAUGACCGAGGAUGGGGGUGUGGAUACCGCACCGUCCAGACUAUGGCCUCCUGGUUGGGCCUCAACAUGAAGGUCGAAACAAGACCUCCACCCAGCCUCCAGGAGAUCCAGCAAGCAUUGGUCUCCGUCAUGGACAAGCCAGGCUCCUUCCUGGGCUCAAAAGAGUGGAUUGGGACAUUCGAAGCAUCCCUGGUCCUGGAUUAUCUUUUUGGUGUUCCCUGUAAACUGGUGCAUGUCAGAGGUGGCGGGGGGGAGUUGGAGAAUGUCGCUGUGGAAGAGGUCCAUCAGCACUUGGCCAGGCGCGGAUGUCCUGUCAUGAUGGGGGGCGACAGGGACAACUCAUCCAAGGGCAUCCUGGGUGUGUGUACUGGGGCCAGUGGAAGUUACCUGCUGGUUGUUGACCCCCACUAUUACGGAGGUCCGCUGGGAAGGGCGGAGACACAACGGCGUGGCUGGGUGGCGUGGAAAAGUGUAUCAUCUCUAAAUCAGUCUUCUUUUUAUAAUCUAUGUUUACCUCAGACUGCCACAAUAGUCCCUUAAACAUGAUUCGGCCUAACACCAGCGUCAGGGCUUAGUUUGAUCAUUUUAUAUUGUAGGGCUCCACGAUUAUGCACGAACGUGAAUCGCAAUUUACUCGCUCUGAUUUAGAGUUGCAUUUCUCUAGAACAAGGGUGUCAAACGUAAAACCUGUCGAGCCCGCGGGAUGAGUUUACUAAGUAUACAAAUGAGCCAAAUUGUUUAAAUCAGGGGUGUCAAACAUACAGCCCGAGGGCCGGAUCAGGCCCGUGAACAGGUUUUACCCGGCCCGCGGGUUGAGUUUGCCAAGUAUAAAAAUUAAACUGAAAUGUUUGAAUGAAUGAAACUGCUGUUCUAAAUGUGUCCACUAGAUGUCGCAAUAGCAAUUCUUUGUAUCUAUGUCAGUGGUUCUUAACCUUGUUGGAGGUACCGAACCCCACCAGUUUCAUAUGGGCAUUCACCGAACCCUUCUUUUGUGAAAAUGAAAUGGUUUUUUUUUUUCAAAUUCAAGACAAAGUUGCAUGUUUUUGGUAACACUUUAGUAUAGGGAACAUAUUCUAAGUAACAACGACUUAAUUUAGAGUUAUUUGGACAGUAGGGGAACAUAUUCUAAGUAAUAAAGACUUAAUUUAGAGUUAUUUGGUUAGGGUUCUAAUAAGGCCAUGCCGAAUAAGAUAGAUAAAUAGUACUUUAUUGAUUCCUUCAGGAGAGUUCCUUCAGAAAAAUUUAAAUUCCAGCAGCAGUGUACAGAGUUGAGAUCAAUUUAAAAAAAGUAAAUAAUGGGGGUUUAAAUGGAAACAAAAUAGAGAAAUAUUACAAUAACAAUAACAAAUAAAAAGCAACAAUGGUAAUAAAAAUAUAACAGUAAAAUAAGAAUAUCAGAAAAGAAAGUAGGCAGUAGUGACCAGGUUAUGAAAACGUAUUGCACUGUUAUUGUUUUGCAUCCCCCGCCCAAUAGAGGAGUUGUACAGUCUAAUGGCGCGUGGGACAAAGGAGUUUUUUAGUCUAUUAGUCCUGUACUUGGGAUGAAGCAGUCUAGCACUGAACAGGCUCCUCUGGCUACUGAUAACGCUAUGCAGAGGGUGACUGGCAUCAUCCAGGAUGCUCACUAGUUUGUCCACAAUCCUCUUCUCUGCCACCAUCACCAGUGAAUCCACUUUCAUUACGAUAAGGCAUUAAUUAGCACUUAAUGACUAUUUAAGAGCCAAUAUGUUACUAAUUUGCAUGUUAAUAAGCAACUAAUUAAUGGUGAAUAUGUUCCCCAUACUAAAGUGCUGCCAUAUUUUUUUUACUGCUGCACAAAAUCAACCGUGCAUGAACAUCACCUUGUUCAAACAACAAAACUAAGACAGUGCAUAAACUCACAACAAAUUACAUACCUGCAAAUCAGUCAGCUGUUGCCGUAUCCGUAAUAUGCCAACAGGGAGAAGUUUGUAUUUACACAAAGAUUCGGGUGUGUUUUGACCUCGGCCGAACCCCUGAGGUCGACUCACCAAACCCCUAGGGUUCGAUCGAACCUUUAAGAACCACUGAUCUAAGUAGAUGAUGCUACAUAUGUAGAAAAUCACAGUCGAGGAAAAUGAGCAAACUACAUAAAUAACAUCCUGUAAUUGGAUUUUGAUAGAAUGUUCUUUAUCUUGAUAGAUUGAAAAUUAACACCAAUGAGUUGACUGAUGAACAUUAUCACAAAAACUUAGAAUUUUGGCAGUAUUAUAAUAAAAGUCGUAAUUUUACUCAACGCAAGUCAAAAUUUUACAACAAAAACUGAACAUUUGUGUAAUAUUAUGAUAAUAGUUGGAAUUUAACUCAAUAACUGUUGCAAUUUAACCAGAAAAGCUUAACAUUUUGGCAAGUUUAUGAAAAGAGUUGUACUUUUACUCGACAAAAGUCACAAUUUUAUAGGAAAACUUAAAAAAUGUUGGCGCUAUUAUAAUAAUCAUCAGAAUUUUGAUUGGCAAAAUUAAGACAAAAGUCACAAUUUUACUCAAAACCCACCCCAAAAAUUGUCAAUAUUGUGAUAAAAGUCAGAAUUGUAUAUGACAAAUGUUGCCAUUUUGCAUUAAAAAGUAAUAACUAGGGGUGGGCAAAUUAAUGCGUUAAUUAUGAGUUAACUCAUCAAUCUAUUAACGCCGACAAUUAUUUUAUCGCGUGGCGCAGUGGUAGAGUGGCCGUGCGCAACCCGAGGGUCCCUGGUUCAAAUCCCACCUAGUACCAACCUCGUCACGUCCGUUGUGUCCUGAGCAAGACACUUCACCCUUGCUCCUGAUGGGUGCUUGUUGGCGCCUUGCAUGGCAGCUCCCUCCAUCAGUGUGUGAAUGGGUAAAUGUGGAAGUAGUGUCAAAGCGCUUUGAGUACCUUGAAGGUAGAAAAGCGCUUUACAAGUACAACCCAUUUAUUUGCGUAUGUUGUUUACAUGCUUUUAUUUUGUUAACGCCUUUUCUUAACAAGAUGGCGUCGAGGGGCUCUUGGUAAAGAUGGAAAAUUUGGCAAAAAUACCGGACAAUUCUGCAAAUUUCAUGGCUGGCUUACAGCGUGGUCACUCCGGGAUCACUUACGACCGCCAGACAAUUCUGGAUGUGGAUAGAUCGGGCCGUUUUGGACUGAAUGACGCGUGCUUGCUAGACCGGCCAGCUAGCAUGGGAAUACUUUGCCGGCUACAUCCAGCGGCCUGUGAAGCAGCGGAGUAUAUGUGUUGUCUGUCUAUUUAUGAAUAAUGCAGACGAGGAGUGUUGGCUGAGUUCUUAACGUUUACUUUCAGAGCGUGCAUAUCACAACAUACAAGAUGCCGUCAUGGCGACACAACCUAUACCGGGCUACCGCGCAUGCUCGUCACUCCUGUUGCAUGCUGGGUAGGGUAGUUAUUUUAUUCCCUGGCUCAUAACAUCACAAUAUAGUACCAUGUAUAUGUGUUCAGUUUAUCAAAGCACCAAGCAAACAAUCGGAAAAUUCCCAUCAUAUCAAUUCCUAGAUAUGGUCAUAAUUAUUUUAAGUGCACUACGCAGAAUAAACACAACAUUAUUAAUAUUGCUACUACGUAUAAUUUGAUCAAAAAUUCCCUAAAACAGCCCACUACCUAUAAUAUAGGUUUUUUAAACAUAAGAUCCCUGAUAAAAAAAAAAUGUUUCUGCUGUUACCUCAGAAAUUGCCUGUUCAGAUGUUAUGAUUGUGGCUCAGAGAUCUGUAUGUAGAUUAUAUUUAUUUUCCAUAACAAACAGGAUAACUUAAAUACCCUGGCAGUGGUAGUAAUAAGCUUAAAUGUUUGUAUUUAAAUUUUUUGAGUUGAUUUUCAUAAAAUGUGCUAUUUAACUGCUACUCUUUAAAAAGGACUGAUUUAAAUUGUGUUUGCACAACAAAUGUUUUGGCGCUUUUGUUCAUGUGGGAGAAUAUUCCAAUAAAGGUGCUACACACUACUUCUGAAUUCAUUAUUGGGCUUUGCGUAUACAAUGCAGUUAAUCGUGAUUAAUCAGAGAAAUAGUGCGAUUAACUUCGAUUAAAAUGUUUAAUCGUUGCCCAACCCUAGUAAUAACUUUACAUAAAAAAGUAAUAAUUUUUAGAGAAAAUAUUGCAAUACAACAGAAACAAAGAAAAUUACAUUUUCACACAAUAAUUAAUAACGACAGAUAAAGCUAGAAUACUAUUAACCGCAACAGGUAAUUAUUAAAACAAAAAGACAUUAAGAUUUGUAAAAUUUCAGAAUGUGCCUGUUCCAUUUUUAUACAAAUAAAACAAUCUGAAGUUGUUCUUUAUUUUUAAGUUAUCGUGCCAUGAUUUUACCAGUCUGGCCCACUAGGGAGUAGAUUUUUCUCCAUGUGCUCCCUGAGCUAAAGUGAGUUUGGCACCCCUGGUUUAAGUGAAAGAAACAGCUAUUCUAAAUGUGUCCACUGGAUGUCGCAAUUGCAAUUAUUUGUAUCUUGUAGAUAAUGCUACCAAUGUAAAAAAAAAAAUCAACCACAUGAUCACAUCACAUCAGUCGAGGAAAAUGAGCAAACUACAUAAAUAACAUCUUGUAAUCUGAUUUUUAUAUUACUUUUGUAUCUUGAUUGAUUAAAAAUGAACACCAAUGAGUUGACUGAAGAACACAUUAUCACAUAAUUUAUUCAGAAAGUAUAAAUAAUGACAAAUAAAGGUAGAAUACUAUUAACCGCAACAUGUAAGUGUAAAAAAAACAACAACAAAAUGAUUUUUACAUUUUCAGAACGGGAUUAUGUUUUUUUUAACAAAACAAUCUGAAGUUGUCUUUAGUUUUAAAUUAUCGUGCCGUGAUUUUACCAUUCAGGCCAACUUCGAAGUAGAUUUUUCUCCACGUGGCCCCCAAUCUAAAAUGAGUUUGACACCCCUGCUCUAGAAGAUGUUAUUUACUGGAAUAUACUGUUCAUCUGGUUUAAUUUUAAAAACUCACUCGUAUUUUAAUUUUUUUUAUUUUAUUAUGCAAUCAUAAAGGGCCACUUGUAAAAGCGAAUAUUAUAUCAAUUUGCCUAUGCAUUUGAAUAUUAUACAUAUAUAUUUUACGUACAUUGUAAAAAAAAUACAGUAAAGACUGGAAACUCAAUUACUAUUACCGUAAAAUAUACAGUGAUUUUACAUUAAAUGGAAAAACAGUACCGCUAUUUUUUAAGGGGAAAAAAACUGGAAGCUUAUAGGAGAAUAACAAUUCCCCUUAAAAAUCUGUUAGUUUUUUUUUAACAAUACUGUAAAUGGAAAAAACGGUACCACUGUUUGUUUUUUUCAUUCUGGCAACAAAGCUGCCAUAUUUUUACCGUGUUUUUCCUUGUAUAAUACACAACGUCAAAACAACCAAGAGACAGACAUACAAGUUUUUUCAAUUUACAGUAAUAUGCUGUAAAAGUGACUGUCAUUUGUACUGUAAAACCGUGUCACUGUGCAAUUUGAUGGAUAUUUUGUUAAAUCAUAAGUCAAGCCGAUAUUUAAGUAUGUUUUUAUUUGAACUAAAAAUAAAAUGGCCCUACGAUGAGGUGGCCUUCCGCCUGAAUGCAGCUGACCCCAAAAGGGACACGCGGUAAGAAAAUGGAUGGAUGGAAAAUAAAAUGUUUGGAAAGUAUGUUAUGUGUUGCAGUAUUGGGUAAUAAUAUAGUUUAAAGGUUAUGUGAUUACAUGAGGUACAUAUCUUUUUUUCUGUCAAAAUAUAUGUCUCUCCAUGCUGCAGCUCACACAUUACCCUAUUAAGGACCAGAUUGAUAAAAAAUGAACGGACAGGUGGAUGUACAUUUUAGUUUUUGUAUGCACCAAACUGCGAAACGCACAAUUCAGUUGGCAUCCGCUUUAAUUGCGAUUGUCCUCAUCCGAGUCAUAGGAGAGCAGAAGGCCUACCCAGGCUGGGGACACUCUGGACUAAUUGCUAGUCAGUCAAGAACCAUUGGAUUCUCUAUACUGCAAGGCUGACAACCACAAAGUCAAUGGGCGAAAAAAUGCAUUGAUUGUAAAUGUGAAUGUUGGCCAUGUGAUGAGGUAGCGACUUGUCCAGGGUCUAUCCCGCCUUCCGCCCGAUUGUAGCUGAGAUAGGCACCGGCGAUCCCAAAGGGAAUAAGCGGUAGCAAAUAGAUGGAUGGAUGGUUGCAAAAAAGACAUACUGUAUUAUUAAACAUUGCCCUCUUUUGUCUGAGCGCUGCUACAACAACAAUAUUUGCACCUCGUCCAGUUCAGUCAUUAAAUCUGCUUAAGCGUUAAAGUACCACUGAUAGUCACACACACACUAGGUGUGGUGAAAUUACCUGCUGCAUUUGACCCAUAUGCUGCUCACUGUUCCCCUCACCUCCCAGGGGGUGGAACAAUACUUUUGAUUGCUAUUGUGUAUUUUGAAUAUUAUGUCUAUUGAAUCCAUAAUGGCUCAGGUCAUUUUAGGUGUUUCAAGUUCAUGCGGGUGGCAUCAAUCAUGCAGGUUGCAGUUUAAUGUUGUUAGAAUGUUUAAAAAAAAGCAUAUUGCGUGGUCCAAAACUACAACUAUUUGCAUUUUUGUAUUGUAAACCAACUGUAAAACAAGUAUUUGCAAAUUACUUAUAAAUUAAUUUAAAUUUGAACAAUCAACUCAGAAUGAGUCCCAAAAAUCUGCCAUUUUCUGUCAGGCGUUCCCACUGUCAUGCCUUUCUGAUGCUUUAUGUCUGUGGCAGGACAGUUGAAGGCCCCACACAAGGUCUCUUGCAACAGUUGCUGUCCAGUUCAGAUGCAUUUUCAUUUUAUUUCCAAAUAACCUGAGGCGUAUAUGACAACAGUUGUAAAGUGGUAUAAAAGUCAGACUUCAACCCCAAAAGGGAAAAGCGGUACAAAAUGGAUGGAUGGAUGGAUAUUGCUGUUGUUUCUCCUUUUUGCAUGUCGAUGCUUUGCUUACAAAAUGCACACACCUAAGAUUUUGUUCAUUGAUUUAGGUAGACAAGCGUGUGCAUUUACGUGCUUGUUAGCGAUGGGGGGGUCGAUCCGUAGCAUGGAUUCCAAAGAUACUUUAGCGAGAGAUAAGGAUAUUUUGCAACUCUUCUGUUUAUUUUUGUUUACAUCUGUGUUUUUGUGUAGUUCAUAUUAAUAAUGUAAUUCAUGUAUUCUAUUGUUUGUACACUCAGGGACUACGUUGUCAAACACAGGGUGGCGAUAGCUACAUAUUUAUGCACUACUGACUUUUUGGUACAGUGGUUCUCAACCAUUUUUCAGUGAUGUAUCCCCUGUGAACAUGUUUAUAAUUGAAGUACUCCCUAAUCAGAGCAAAGCCUUUUUGGUUGAAAAAAGAGAUAAAGAAGUAAAAUACAG